GCUGCACACGGAAUACCAUUGUAACAGUCUACCCCAAGAACGACAUUGCCAAUAGAAUCUAAAUAGACCAAACAGCGCCAAAAGAAAAAAUACAAUUAAAAAAAUUCCCAUACCCAAAUUCAAAACCAAUGGACAACACAACAACAUACGUCACUGCAAACCGGUAAUCGAUAACCACGCUUAUCGAUAAGAUAAAAGAAAACCACCAAUUAACUAACCUUAUCCACCCAAAAUUCAACCAUUCUCCAACACUCCAACUCCAAGCACCACAACCUCCCCCCAAAACAAAAAAAUGGUCAAACCCCUAACCUUCAAAGGCGACAAGCCCAAGAAACCUAAAAAACGCAGCACUCCAUACCCCACCACUAAACCCCCCAAACAACCCUCCACCUCCGCCUCCGACCCCCAAGAACCGACGACCUCCGACGACCACACCACCGAAGACCAAAGCUGGGUCUCAGCAGACGCGCCCUCCGAUAUCGCCGGCCCAGUCAUCAUCGUCCUCCCCUCCGACCCGCCAACCUGCAUCGCCAGCGACGCCAAUGGCAAGGUUUUCGCGAGCGAGAUCGAGAAUUUGAUCGAGGGGGACGCGGGGACGGCGGAGCCGCAUGAUGUGCGGCAGGUGUGGGUUGCGACGAGGGUUGCGGGGACGGAAGGGUUUAGUUUUAAGGGGCAUCAUGGGAGAUAUCUGAGUUGCGACAGUUAUGGAAUUCCGAGUGCCGCGUCAUCGGCUAUUUCGCAUCAGGAGUCGUUUGUUGUCAUUCCAUCGGAGAUUCCGGGAUCGUUUAGUUUGCAAGUAGGUGGGGGGGAUAAGGAAGCUUUUCUUACGGUUAAGGAGACGAAGUCGAGUAAGGCGGCUAGUGGGAGUAUGAUUGAGGUUCGGGGGGAUGCGACUGCUCUGUCGUUUGAGACGACUAUGAGGAUUAGGAUGCAGGCGCGGUUUAAGCCGCGGAUUCAGGCGAGUAAGGAGACUAAGGCGAAGGAGAAGAUUAGUCGGAAGGAGUUGGAGGAGAUUGUGGGGAGGAGGUUGAAUGAGGAUGAGGUGAGGAGGUUGAAGAGGGCGAGGAGGGAGGGUAAUUUUCAUGAGGAGGUGCUUGAUGUUAGGGUUAGGGGGAAGCAUGAUAAGUUUGCUUGAGUUGAUUCCUUUUUCUUUUUGUUCUUUCUCUUUUUAUCAAGGUUACUUCCAGGGCUAUGUAUGUACAAUGUGUUUUGAGUUUUCAUAUGGGGCACCGGGUUUGGAUUGCAUGGUAGUUGGCUUGUCUAUACAACUACAUGUAUGUACCAUUGACUUAUCAUUAACAAAGUCGGGAGACAAAAUCUAGUUGAUUUGUUGAUAAGUCCCUCUUAACAAAUGUCCAAAUUUGUGUAGAUCGUUGUUUCUU